GUUUAGCAGGUUGUAGGAAUGUCUUCUUGAGUGAGUUGCAAGGAUGCAGUGUUUUAGUGUUUUUUCGUGAGAUUAUGAUGUCAACUGAGCCUGUGAGUGGCUCAAAGCAGCACCUUUAUGUUUUUGCCUUUUUUAUUUUCCCUAUUGAUCCUAGUUGAGAGUGGAUGUACAGCAUGUGCGGAUGUAAGCGAGACAAAGACAGAGGCAUUGGAGGAGUACACGGGUCUGGGCUGCUCUUUGAUUUUUGCGGUCUGGGAGAGCCUGUCAUCUGAUGUUGUGGAGUCUGUAAUCCAAUCAGGGAGAGGGAGAGUGUAAUCCAUGUUAAUCCCACAUCCAGAGCCAGAGAGGGGAAAGGGAGAGCGAAAGACUGGAAGAAAAAACAAGGAAAGGAAAAGGGUGGGUGAUGAAGAGAGACAGAUAAACAGAUGAGGGACAUCAGUAAUCUACAGCGGCUGUACCACAACACAUCUUGCUUGGCAUGAUAGAUACCUCUCCAUGGAGACGCAGCCCCCAGGGCAGGGGAGGGGCAUGAGAAAGGGAGACCCUCACCUUGAUGGAACAGCAGGGAAAGAGAGAGCAGGAUGAAGAAGGACGGGGAAUAGCACAGAGAUAAAGGGGUUAAAGUGCAACUGGAAAAAGGAAGAGUUGAAUAAAUAACCAGCCAGGAUGGGCUAUGAUCUGGAGAGGUUUGUGGGCUAUGUGAAUGAGGGCCUGCUUUGCUGUGUGUGUCGAGACGUGUUGGAGCGCCCCCUCCAGGCUCCCUGUGAACACGCCUACUGCAGCGCUUGCAUCAGCAGCUGGCUGGUCCACCACCACUCCUGUCCUGAGGACCGGCUGCCCCUGGACGUCAACAGUCUCAAACCACUGUACAGGUACAUGCGUAAUGAUCUGAACCGUCUGCAGAUCCGCUGUGUGAAUGCAGCGCAGGGCUGUGAGGUGGUCUGUUCCCUGGAGAGCCUGCACACGCAUGAGGACGGGUGCGAGUUUGCUUUCAUAUCCUGCUCCAACACAGGCUGUCCCGUGCAGGUAGAGAGGCGGAGUUUGGAGGCUCACCUGUCAGAGUGUAACUUCCGGAGCAGGGUAUGUCCCAGUGGCUGUGGUCACACCCUUCUCUCCAUUGACCAAUCACAGCACAACUGUGUUGCAGAGCUCCGCACCGAGGUGGAGAUGCUCAGGGCGGAGAUGCUGUGCAAGGUGGAUGAGGUGAGACGAGAGAUGGAGUCUCGUUUGGACUCCCAGAGGAGACACAUGGUGCAGAAAGAGUCGCAGCUGAAGAAUGAAGUGGAGGAGCUCAAGGGUCAGUUGUCCCGGGUGAUGUGUGACAUGCGUGCUCUGUUAGGGGCAGAGCGUUUGAGGAGACAGGAGCUGGCAGAAGCAGAGCUGGAGAAGAGAGAACUUCUGGAGCUCCUAAGAGAACUACAGCCAAUCAGGAGCCAGCAACCUGUCGAACAGCCAACCAGGGACCAGCAUCAGGGGGAACAGCAGCCAAUCGGAUGGGACCUGAACAUAGACCAACCAACAAGACACCAGCAAAGGGAUGCCUCCUUACAAGCUUCCACUCAGUCAUUACUUUCAGUUCAGUCUACCAGUGUGUUGGCUCCACCUCCUUCUCCACAGCUAGGAGAGGGGCUCCGCAAGGCUGGAGCCCGUAGUCUGACCCUGGACUGCAUCAAGAGGAAGAGCCGGGAGGUCACCGUCAUUUGAGUGGAUUGCUGGGUGAUUAGGCUAACUGGAUUAGAAAGAAGCCCCUGUUACUACAUCUUUUGUCACUGACGCAGAGCAAUAUGAACUCAAUCAACCCUUAAACAGGGGGUGAAGUGUGUACAAGUACUGUAGCUUUUGACAUAGUAAAAUUAUGAUCAUGAACAAAUUACAGUAUGCAGUAGAAUGGGCUCUAAGCUAAGAUGCAGUAAAUGUUUUGAAUCUGCUACCAACCCUAUCGAGAAAGACAAUAUUGAAACUGUAGGCUUAUGUGACAGCGAGUGGAACCUUAAUUUUGUAGACUAAAUUCAGACAAGCUCAUCCUCAGCUGACCUAUAAUUACUAUGUUUCAUUUAUGGAGUCGUAUCUUUGUUUAAUGCCCCUGGAUUUUGUAUCCAUCUAGCUUUAAUUAAAAUUUAGUUCAAUUAAAGUUGCCCUAACAUCCGUUUUUCUUGUUCUCAGGAUCA